CUCCUCUCCUUACACUCCAACCCUGCUCAUCUCUCAGCUGGACAGUAAGGGCCGUUCACACCACACACUGACAACAUGCUGGGGACACUCUGCACUCUCAUCACUGCUCUAACAUGUGUUCAUGGUGUCAUUGUGUUGACCCAGAAGCCGUCUGUCCAUUCCAAAACCACAGGGGAGGAGGUCACUAUGGACUGUAACAUUGGCAGAUUUGAUGCAAACUAUGUCCAUUGGUAUAAACAGCUUCCUGGUGGGGUUCCUCAAUAUGUUCUGAGCUUUAUUGACGAUGACAGUCCUAAAUAUUAUGGGCCAGGUUUCUCCUCUAGUCGGUUCAACUCUGAAUCCACCUCAGACUUAGAUUAUCAGAUCAUCAUUAAACAGGUAGAGGCAGGAGACUCAGCAGUGUAUUACUGUCAGACGUAUGAUGAUUCUGCUGAAGCUGUGGUAUUCGGACCAGGAACCAAGCUCAUUGUUACUGGCUCUACCCUCCCUCCGCCUGUCUUGACCAUCUUCCCUCCGUCCAGCGAUGAGUUGAAGUCCAGCAAAGUCACCCUGGUGUGUCUGGCCAGUCAGAUGGCCAUGGGCUACGCUGAUGUCAGCUGGACAGCGGGAGGGAAUCCGGUCACCGGCGGCAUCGCUACGAGUGGCCCGGUGCCGCAAGCCGACAAGACGUUCCAACUCAGCAGCUGUCUGACCGUUGACACGUCAGAAUGGAACCAGGACAAAGUGUUCUCAUGUAAAGUCACCGCGGGCUCCAAGUUCGCUGAGAAAGACAUCAAGAAGUCUGAAUGCAGCACUGAAUAGCCUGAGAACCAUUGUAAUGUCCAGUUGAUUUUCUACAUCACUUUUCAAGAUAUUGUUAAUGCAUUAGAAGUUUAACCUGCAUAUAUACAUUAUGUUCCAUAAAAGAUAAAUAGCUAAUCACACUGAUAUCAUAGGCUAUAUGAUAAGUAGACUUUUUAUAUUUGAAAUGGGUUGCUUUGCAGAUGUAUAAUAGAGGAAUAGUUAGAGCUUUGCUGUAUUGUGGAUAUUAAAUAAAGAACAUUCUAAAGAAGAAGUGUUUGUA